CAGCUCUGCUCCUAGCAGCUUAUUAUGCUGUUCGUUUUGAAGCAGUUCCUGAUAGCUCCGUGUGCAUAUUAGGUUCCGUGGAGCGAUUCCACCAAUUCCGUACCAUCCCUAAUCCCUAGUUGUGACUUAUUGUUUCAAAGAUGGCGCAAAGGUUUCCUCCGUCGCAACCAACUCCGAGCCCAGUUCAGCAGCCUCAAAGAUAUCCUACGCCCUCAGGACCUCCACUCAGGCAAUAUGCAACCCCUACGUUUCCAUUGCAACAGAGGCCCGGUGGCUUUGUGCAGGGAGGUGGUAUGGGAAGCGGGAUGAUGCCUCGUCCCCAGCAGCAACCGUACAACCCCAUCAGACCUCCGAUUCCUCAGUCCCAAAAAAGGCCUAGCGAUGUCAGACCACCACAACAACAACCAAAAGGGGAGUUUCCUCAUACAUCCGCUGGUGGAAGUAGUGGCAAGAAGAAAAAGAAGCUGGCAGAUAAGAUCUUACCCCAGAAAGUACGAGACCUGGUGCCGGAGUCACAAGCAUACAUGGACUUAUUGGCAUUCGAGAGGAAAUUAGAUUCUACAAUAAUGAGAAAGAGGCUUGAUAUUCAGGAAGCGUUGAAACGUCCCAUGAAGCAAAAAAGGAAAUUACGCAUUUUUAUUUCUAAUACUUUCUAUCCAGCUAAAGAGGCAACUGAGACGGAAGAAGGCAGUGUAGCAUCCUGGGAGCUGAGAGUCGAGGGAAGACUGUUGGAAGAUUCUAAAAAUGAUCCUAACAAGCCUCCACCGUUACAGGUAAAGAGGAAGUUUUCCUCUUUCUUCAAAAGUCUUGUUAUUGAGUUGGAUAAAGAACUAUACGGGCCAGAUAAUCACCUCGUUGAAUGGCACAGAACCCCUACCACACAAGAAACAGAUGGUUUUCAGGUCAAAAGACCAGGUGAUAAAAAUGUUAGAUGUACCAUACUGCUCCUUUUAGAUUAUCAGCCUUUACAGUUCAAACUUGAUACCCGACUUGCUCGUCUUCUAGGAGUUCACACUCAAACAAGACCUGUUAUUAUAAGUGCGCUUUGGCAAUAUAUUAAGACUCAUAAAUUGCAAGAUCCGCAUGAAAGAGAGUAUAUAAAUUGUGACAAAUAUCUUGAGCAAACCUUCAGUUGUCCAAGGAUGAAGUUUGCUGAAAUACCGCAGCGUCUCAACCCUCUUCUUCAUCCUCCAGAUCCUAUAGUCAUUAACCAUAUUAUCAGUGUUGAAGGUACCGAACAGAAACAAACAGCUUGUUACGACAUCGAUGUAGAAGUAGACGACACAUUAAAAACACAGAUGAACAACUUCCUCUUAUCAACAGCCAGUCAGCAAGAAAUACAGAGUCUUGACAAUAAAAUACAUGAAACUGUUGAAACAAUUAAUCAGUUAAAGACCAACCGAGAGUUCUUUUUGAGCUUCGCUAAAGACCCCCAACAGUUUAUUAAUAAAUGGAUAAUAUCUCAGACUCGAGACCUUAAGACAAUGACUGAUGUUGUUGGGAAUCCUGAAGAAGAAAGACGAGCUGAAUUUUACUAUCAAAACUGGGCCCAAGAAGCUGUCUGUAGAUAUUUUUACACAAAAGUGCAACAAAAGAGAGCAGAGUUGGAACAAGCCCUUGGCAUUAGAAAUACUUAAACAUUUUUUUUUUGGUUUUUUGCUUAUGAUUUAAAUUUAGAAAUUUUUUACUCCUUUAUAUUCAGUCACAUUUUAAUCAUUUUAUUGGUUGAUAAUAUAUUUUUUAACACAUUAAAUUUUU